CCCCCGCCCACCUCUCUCGUUGCCUUUUUUGUUUCGCACCAAGCACCAACCAACAACGCAGGCAGCUCCUGCUUUUUCUUCCAGCUACGCACCACACACAGUCAGCAAGCAACGCAGCCCAUCUCAAGCCCAGCCCAGUUCUUGGAGGCAAGAGAAGCAGCAAGCAAGUGAAGAAAGGAAGGACCCCCCCCCCUUUCGUCUGUAGCCAGUCCCAGAGGGAGAGCGGGGAUCACCUGAGCCAACGUUGCUCACAUCAAGCUCUCUCAUCACUGCCUGCACACCACCUCAAGCCGCGAUUGGCCUUUCGUGGCAGCGGUGAUCCUCCUCGUCAUUGGUGUGGACUCAGCCCAUCCAGACGCACAGUCCCGUACUGCUCAAACCUACCAGCACCCAUCACAACCAAGCACACACACACACACACACACAAUGGCUCGGAGGACGGGCAGGUAUGAUGAGCGCGGGUACUCGUCGUCCAGGGACAAGGACAGCGAGGUGCUCAUGCUCGGGCCCAACUUCCGCGUUGGCAAGAAGAUCUCCGCAGGCAACUUUGGCGAGUUGAGGCUGGGGAAGAACCUGUACACAAACGAAGAUGUGGCCAUCAAGCUUGAGCCCGCAAAUAGCCGCGCACCGCAGCUCUACCUCGAGUACAGAUUCUAUCAGCUCCUCGGCUCACAAGUGGGCAUUCCGGAGUGUUACUACUUUGGUAGCUGCGGCAAAUACAACGGUCUCGUGCUGGAGCUUCUCGGCCCCUGUCUGGAGGAUUUGUUUGACAUGUGCGGCCGCAGGUUCUCCCUCAAGACAGUGUGCAUGGUGGCCAUCCAGCUCAUCACAAGGCUGGAGUACGUGCACAGCAAGCACAUUGUGUAUCGCGACAUCAAGCCCGAGAACUUUCUUGUUGGCCGCCGCUCGUUACACGGCGACUCCACCAUCCAUAUUAUCGAUUUUGGCUUGUCGAAGGAGUAUGUGGAUCCAGAAACAAACAAACACAUCCCUUACAGGGAGAGAAAAAGUCUCACAGGGACAGCACGCUACAUGAGCAUCAACACACAUCUCGGCAAAGAACAAAGCAGACGUGAUGACAUGGAGGCCUGCGGACACAUGCUCAUCUACUUUCUGCGUGGAAGCUUACCGUGGCAAGGGCUCAAGGCAGACACGCUCAAGCAGCGCUAUCAGAUGAUUGGCGACACCAAAAUCCAAACGCCCAUUGACGUCCUCACAAAGGGAUUUCCAAGCGAGGUUGGCACGUACCUGCGCUACUGCCGCCAACUGGACUUCUACCAGGAGCCAGACUACGCCUACCUCAGGCAGCUCUGGUGGGACAUCUUCAAGCGCGAGGGCUACAAGGAUGACGGCAUCUAUGACUGGACAAAGACGCCGCCAUCGGCAGCAGCAACAUCGUUGUCACGAACAACGGGCGCGCAACCGAGCCAGCCAGCUCCCCGUGUGCCGGAAGCCCGGGGCCCUGCCGGCGGUGGGCGGAGCGCUGCGCCACGGACCACCCGCGUGGCGGAGCAGGACACAUCGUCAUCGUCGUGCGGAUGCUUUGGCCGCCGCCGCAACAAGAGAUGAUACGCAGACAAGCGGUGACACAUGUCAUCGCGCACGCUCGUGGACAACGGCAGCUGGCAGCAUGGGUGUUUGAAGCGCAGCGCAAGUGGUGUGAGGCGUGUACUUGUAUCACUAGAUGAGUGGGCGGAUGGAUGAGGGCAAAUGUUUGUUGGUGAUGGUGAUAGAAGUUGGGGGGGGGGGAAGGUUGGCGGUGUCGAGGAGGUGUAUGUGUAGCAGGCAGGUUGGUUGGUCGGUUGGUUGGUGGAAACGAGUGGUCUUUUUCCGCUGAUGACAGCGACAACAAUGACGGCGGCAGAUUGAUCAAUUUGGGAGGAAGACGAGGCAACCAAUGAUGGAUGUUUAGUGUGAAGCUUGUCAUGUCUCCUUUUGUUUUGUUUGGGCGUGGUUGACUUCUCGUCACGUCAUGUUGUGCUAAGUGCGACCGCUGGGCUCGGCAUGCACGCGCGCGCAAACAUGUCCGUAUUUUUCCCUGAUAUCUCUUUUGUCGCUGGCGCCGUGGCCGCGGAGUAUCCUUCUUUCCCUAGCUUGAACCGCGCUCCAGGCUUGUGCUUUGAACACUGCGCUCGGUCCAGCUGUCGUGUUCACCGUCUGUGCUUCCGCUUGCCGCUGCUCUGUAUUCUUCCCCCUUGUCUGUCUGUGUCUCCUGCUUGUCUGCGUUUCCCUGUCCCGCUCCUCCCGCCCUUUCCCCUGCCCUCUGCUCCUUUUCUGCUCUCUCCCCUCUCCCCUGCCCCUCGUCUCUUCCCGCUCGCCUUUGCCCCCCCCCCUCCGUGCCCUCUCUCUGUUUCGCGCCCUCUCUGUCCCUUGCUCGCUGUGCAACCCCGUGACAUGAUGACCACAGCACUCUGUGUUGUGAAAUGAUUGAUUGGCUUGCUGUUCGUUCCUACUACUAGGUUUUGUCUGACUUUUGCGCCUUCCAUGCUUGCUUGCUUUUGCUUUCCUGCUUUGUUUUCCCUUGCUUCUUUGGCUCUUGUGAUCCAUCCAUCCAUCCGACGCUGUUUUUGUUUUCUUGUUACAGUCCGCUAAACCAACAGGCGUGUUGUGUGUGUGUGUGUGUUGUGGCGUGUGCGAUGAUAUGUUGAUGAGUGCGGCCUAUUUGUUUUUCGUUUGUUGUACCUUCGCCAUCUCCGUCUUUUGUCUUCAUGGUUUGUCAUUGCCGGCUCUCCUCUUUUGGUGCCUUGCAGCACGUUUGUUUUUGUUGUUUGCUCGUGCGUUCGUUGCUUGACAGGUCCACAGACAAUACAUCACACACAAACAAGCA